GGCCAAUCAGAGCAGCCGGAGCGAACACUGUGCGAAAUUUGAAAAACGGCGACUGUCGGUGGUUCGAACCCGAGUCAAUAUAUAUACACUAAUAAAACAACAUGGACGCGCUCACUGAAGAGGAGACCAAGAUGUAUUUCUACGAGAACAGACUGAAAAGUUUCGCGGGCUGGCCCUUCGACGAGGACUGUAUGUGCACCCCGGAGAACAUGGCCAAAGCUGGUUUCAUUCACACCCCCUCAGACAACAGCCCAGACAUCGCCAUGUGUUUCUUCUGCCUCAAAGAGCUGGAGGGCUGGGAGCCAGAGGAUGAUCCAGAAAAGGAGCACAAGUCCCAUUCACCCUCCUGCCACUUCAUUGCCCUGAAGAAGAAAGUAGAAGAGCUGAGUGUGGAGGAAUUCUUCAAACUACAGAAGGAGAGGCACAAAUUCAUCAUUAACAAAUCCUGCAACGAGGCCAUCACCAAGUUUGAAGAGGCGGCCAAACUGAGAAGAACAGAUAUUAUCAACACGGCCAUGGGAGAAGAGUGAUGGACAGACAGGCUGCUGAUGAGUGUGUGUGGUGACUGGUUCCUCACUGAACUCCUUUCCAUGUUUCCUUCCUGUGUUUUCACGUUGUCUGUGAUAUAUCUGUCUCUUUUACUGUCUGUUAUUCAUUAAACUUCUUUUAAUUUACAGACGUG